AUGGACGGAAGCCUCGUGAAGCCUCAACACCACAUUCGUCACCUCCCUGCACCCGACCCCGGCUACCUUGUUGACUUGAAUGUCUACGGAAGAAGCGAGAAGCAUAUGCCUCAGGAUUCAACUCACCCCCUCGUGCAUAUGCAAGGCACGUUGGGGUAUUAUUCAUAG